GAUAAGAACGUGUAAUGGAGGUGGAUGUAAAAACGGUACAGGAGCCGGAAUCUAUACCUCUAAAUCCUAAUCCGAACAUUAUUACUGAACGCAAUGCCCAGAUUGUAUCUGGCGGCAAUGUCUUCUACAAUCCUGUGCAGGAGUUCAAUCGUGAUCUGAGCAUCUCAGUGUUGAAUGUUUACUUUCAACGUUUAGCUAAGGAGCGAGCAGAGAAAGCGCACAAGCAGCUCCUACGCAAACAGAAGCAUGAGGGUAGCGAGGAACUCCAACCGGAGGCGUUGGAGACUCCCAACUAUGUGGCUGGUACAAAGUAUGAUGAUGGCAUGAGAAUAUUGGAGGCCCUGGCUGCCACUGGUCUACGUAGUAUACGUUAUGCUCAGGAAAUAGCAGGAGUUCGUCAAAUUAUUGCAAACGACUUGUCCAAACAGGCAGUGGAGUCUAUUAGCACCAACGUGCGGCAUAACAAUGUGGACCAUUUGAUUGAGCCAAGUUUUGGGGAUGCAAUGACGGUCAUGUAUUUGUCGACAGCGCCAGAGAAACGUUUUGAUGUAGUGGAUUUGGAUCCUUAUGGCUGUCCGAAUCGUUUUUUGGAUGGUGCUCUGCAGUGUAUAGUCGACGGCGGCUUGCUGCUGGUCACUGCCACCGAUAUGGCCGUAUUGGCGGGUAAUGCUCCAGAGGCAUGCUAUGUCAAAUACGGGUCUGUGCCUUUGCGCAUGAAGUGCUGUCAUGAGAUGGCGCUGCGCAUACUGCUGCACUGCAUCGAAUCGCACGCCAAUCGUCAUGGCAAGUACAUUGAACCCUUGCUCAGCGUUUCUGCGGACUUUUAUGUGCGCAUCUUUGUACGCGUUUACAGCGGACAGGCCCAGUGCAAGUUUAGCAUGAGCAAGCAGUCUUGGAUUUAUCAAUGUACGGGCUGUGAGACGUACACUCUGCAAGCGUUAGGAACAGUGCGCAGUAAAUCUGCCGAGCAACCGCAUUUAAUUAAAUUUGGUAUACCCACGGGUCCAGCUGUUAACAGUCAGUGCGAACAUUGUGGUCACAAACAUCAUCUAGGUGGUCCCAUUUGGUCAGCGCCGCUGCAUAACAUGGAGUUUGUGCAGCAACUGUUGGAUGCAGUGCAAGAGGAGCCACUGAAGCAGCUUACCACACAGCGCCGCAUUGUGGGUGUGCUGUCUAUGGUGCUGGAGGAGUUGCCUGAUGUGCCUUUGUAUUAUACGCCGGAUAAGCUCUGCUGUGUGCUUAAACUGGAGAUUGUGCCCAUGCUAAAGAUGCGCUCUGCAUUACUACAUGCAGGCUAUCGUGUUUCCUACUCGCAUGCCAGUAAGAAAUCCUUAAAGACUGAUGCACCACCAGCGGUCCUUUGGGAUAUAUUGCGCUGCUGGAGCAAACGUCAUCCGGUGCGUGCAGAUCGCCUCAUACCAGGCACACCGCUGCAGGCUAUACUCUCGAAACCUUGCAGUCAGGACUAUGAGUUUGAUCAGCUGCAUCCGGCGGCGAAUCCUAGUAGUCGCAAGCAGGCGCUUUCCCGGUUUCAAGAGAAUCCAACCCCGCAUUGGGGACCUGGCACGCGAGCUACCAUAAUGAUUGGUGAGAACAAGCAGCCCAAGAGUUAUCGUAACCAGAACAAAAAGCAACGUCAUAAAGCAGGGCGGCCGACGAAAACAGCUGAGAAGCAGCUAAUGGAUGAAGACGACCAGCACGACGCUGCGGAGCAACCACUCAAGCAACCGAAACUGGAGCUACAGCCGACUGCGUGACCUGCAUUUAUGUACUUGCUUGUAAAUUUUUAUUGCUUUGUGUCCAAUAAUCAUGUAAAGACUUUAAA